AUGUUAUCUUGUUUUGAGUCCCCCGAAAAAAUGAUCCGAGAGGUAAAAGAAAUGUCCGGAAACAGUGCAUUAGAGGCGACGAAAGUCCCUUUGCUCAAUGAUUUAGCUUCGUCGGCUACCGAGCAAGACAGUGAACAACAAUCACUUUCAAGGAGGGUGUGGAUUGAAUCCAAGAAGCUAUGGCAGAUUGUUGGACCUGCAAUUUUCAGCCGCAUCGCCUCCUAUUCCAUGUUUAUCAUCACCCUAGCCUUUGCCGGUCACCUUGGUGACCUAGACCUCGCCGCUAUUGCUAUAGCCAAUAACGUCAUCGUUGGCUUCGACUAUGGCCUUCUGCUGGGGAUGGCGAGUGCAUUGGAAACGCUAUGUGGUCAGGCAUUUGGGGCUAAGAAAUACUACAUGUUGGGUGUAUACAUGCAACGUUCAUGGAUUAUUCUUUUCCUAUGUUGUGUUCUGCUUUUGCCUCUGUAUCUCUGUGCUUCACCUUUUCUGAAGCUCUUGGGUCAGCCUAAAGAGGUGGCGGAGCUAUCUGGGAUUGUGGCUAUACUGAUGAUACCACUCCACUUCAGCUUCGCUUUCCAGUUCCCUCUGCAGAGGUUCUUGCAGUGUCAGCUGAAGAACAUGGUGAUUGCAUGGGUGUCCCUGUUGGCCCUCAUAGUACAUGUGUUCGUGAGCUGGCUGUUUGUCUACAGACUGCAGCUUGGAGUCGUAGGCACUGCCAUCACUCUCAACUUUUCUUGGUGGGUCUUGGUUUUUGGCCUCUUUGCAUACACUGUCUUCGGUGGCUGUCCUCUUACAUGGACCGGUUUCUCCAUUGAAGCGUUUUCUGGUCUCUGGGAGUUCACAAAACUCUCUGCCGCUUCCGGUGUCAUGCUUUGUUUGGAGAAUUGGUACUAUCGAGUAUUGAUAUUAAUGACGGGAAAUCUCCAGAAUGCAAAGAUUGCCGUAGAUGCUUUGUCUAUAUGCAUGUCAAUAAAUGGAUGGCAGUUGAUGAUUCCUUUCGCAUUCUUCGCAGGAACCGGAGUGAGGGUUGCAAAUGAGCUUGGAGCUGGAAAUGGGAAAGGAGCAAAGUUUGCAACGAUAGUUUCUGUGAUGACAUCGGUUGUAAUAGGCGUUUUCUUCUGGCUGCUGAUCUUGUUGUUCCUUGAUCAUAUAGCUCUCAUUUUUACUUCAAGUAAACCAGUUCUAGAAGCUGUGAGCCAGCUUUCAAUUCUCUUAGCGUUCAGUAUUCUGCUCAACAGUGUUCAGCCAAUUCUCUCUGGAGUGGCUGUGGGAUCAGGAUGGCAAUCCUAUGUAGCAUACAUAAACGUGGGUUCCUACUAUUUGAUUGGGGUUCCACUUGGAAUUUUAAUCGGAUGGGUUUUUCACAAAGGAGUCAUGGGAAUUUGGGGUGGAAUGAUUGGUGGGACAGCAGUUCAAACCUUGAUAUUGGCCAUAAUCACAAUCAAAUGCGAUUGGGACAAGGAGGCUGAAAAUGCAGGUAAGCACGUGAGGAAGUGGGGAGGCGACGAAGCAGAAUAGAGCAAGGGACUUGAUGUCAAGAAUGUUCAUAGCGUGUCAAGGCUAGCUCACUACUGUUCAAAUGACAUUAACCGUUUAAGGUGAGAAGUAUCUAAAGCCUAGUGAUUUUGGUUGAUAAUUUAGAAUUAACUACGCGUGUGAAUAAGUAUGUCCAAUGUUUGCAAGCCUAUUUAUUGUAGAAUGAAAUUGCAAGUGUGUUAAUUGUAAACAGUAGAAUUAUAUAUGCCAGAUCCAUUAUAUGAUCUGCUUGUACCUGAUGUAAUGUAAUAUAUCGUUCUUGUAACU